AGGCUCGGGUAUUCGGUUUUCAUUCCGCAUUUGAAAUUAUUGGACACGGUCAAAUUGCAGAUUUUAUGGAUGUUAUUUUAAUCAAACUUCCUGCUUUUGUGGAAUACAAUUUAUCUACAUUAUAUUAUUUUGGAUCAAGGGUGUAUCGACGUUUUUAAUCUCAGGAUGGGUCACAAAGGAAUCUCGGUGACAGGCCUGGUCUGCGGCUUUGCUUUCUUUCUUCUACCGCUGCACUCCGCCUAUGGAGACGUGAGCUAUUCUUUUCCGGAGGAGAUGAAACGCGGAUCUGUGUUUGGAAAUAUAGCCAAGGAUCUCGGGCUGGAGGCGAGCAGACUUUCCGCUCGUAAGGCCCGUAUUGAUACCGAAGGGAACAGUAAACGCUAUUGUGACAUUAAUCUGACUACGGGGGAAUUGAUUGUUGCGGAGAGAAUUGACAGAGAGGGGCUUUGUGGCAAGAAGGCUUCGUGCGUUUUAAAACAGGAACUUGUGUUGGAGAAUCCUUUGGAGCUUCACCGUAUUAGUCUUCAUGUUCAAGAUAUAAAUGAUAAUUCUCCACAAUUCACAGAGGAUUUUAUUAAAUUUGAAAUAGGAGAAUCCGCAGACAAGGGGGCUCGUUUUUCUCUAGACGAGGCCUACGAUGCAGAUAUAGGACAGAAUAUGGUUCAGAGUUAUACACUAGAAAGAAACGAAAAUUUCGUUUUAAAUGUUAAUACUAAAACAGGGGGACGCAAAUACGCCGAAUUAGUAUUAGACAAAGAGCUAGAUCGUGAACAACAACACGAGUUGAAAUUAUUGCUUACAGCUGUAGAUGGGGGUACUCCGCAGAGAUCAGGUACUGUAGUCAUACACGUCACUGUACUGGAUGCUAACGAUAACGCCCCAGUGUUUAACCAGGCCGUCUAUAAAGCCAGUCUGCCUGAAAACUCUCCUUUAAACACUGUAGUGGUUACAGUGAGUGCUACAGAUGCAGAUGACGGAGCAAAUGGCGAAGUAACAUACAACUUUGACCAUGUUUCAGAUGAAUAUGUACAUUUAUUCUCUCUAGAUCACAAAACAGGUGAAGUAAGAAUUAUUGGGAAAGUUGACUAUGAGGAGGCGUCAUCUUAUGAAUUACAAAUAAGGGCUAAGGAUGGGGCAGGUUUAACAUCAUAUUCUUUUUUAAUUAUUGAAAUCACUGAUGUUAAUGACAACGCUCCUGUGAUUUAUCUACAAUCUCUAACUAACCCCAUACCUGAGAACGCAUCACCUGGUACAGAGGUGGGCAUCAUUAACGUGCAGGAUAGAGACUCUGAGAAUAACCGACAGGUCCGCUGCUCCAUUCAGCAAAACGUUCCCUUUAAGCUGGUGCCAUCCAUCAAAAACUACUAUUCUCUGGUGACCACGGGCGAACUGGACCGUGAACUAGUGUCUGAUUACAAUAUUACAAUCACUGCCACCGACGAGGGCUCUCCACCGCUAUCCUCCUCUAAAAGUGUUCAGUUAUCUGUAGCUGACGUCAACGACAACCCACCUGUGUUUGAGGAACAGUCCUAUAAAGCCCACGUGACUGAAAAUAACAAACCCGGUUCUUCCUUACGUUCAGUUACUGCACGGGACCCAGACUGGAGACAGAACGGUACAGUGAUUUAUUCUCUCUUUCCUGGUGAGGUGAACGGUGUCCCAGUGUCCUCGUUUUUAUCCGUUAACGGAGACACGGGGGUGAUCCACGCUGUGAGGUCAUUUGAUUAUGAACAGUUCAGAAGUUUUAAAGUCCACGUGGUGGCCAGAGACAACGGUUCUCCUCCGCUCAGCAGUAACGUCACAGUCAGUGUGUUCAUAACGGAUGUGAAUGACAACUCUCCUCAGAUACUGUACCCCGCCCCGGAGGGGAACUCCUUCAUGACGGAGCUGGUCCCCAAAGCUGCGCACGGAGGCUCCCUGGUUUCCAAGGUGAUAGCUGUGGACGCGGACUCCGGCCAGAACGCCUGGCUGUCCUAUCAAAUAUUCAAAUCCACUGUUCAGGGACUUUUCACUAUUGGUCUCCACAGCGGAGAGAUCAGGACACAGCGGGACAUUUCUGAAUCUGACAGCAUGAAACAGAACCUCAUUGUGUCAGUGAAAGAUAACGGACAGCCCUCUCUCUCUGCCACCUGUACCAUCUAUUUAGUGAUUUCUGAUAACUUGGCUGAAGUGCCAGAACUGAAAGACGUCUCUUAUGAUGAGAGCAAUUCCAAACUCACCUCUUAUCUGAUCAUCGCGCUGGUGUCCGUCUCUACCUUUUUCCUCACCUUCAUUAUUGUCAUCCUGGCCGUGAGGUUUUGCCGCAGGAGAAAGCCCAGACUGUUGUUUAACGGAGCGGUCGCCAUCCCCAGUGCGUAUCUCCCUCCCAACUACGCAGAGGUGGAUGGCGCCGGAACUCUCCGCAGCACUUACAAUUAUGAGGCAUACCUGACGACGGGUUCGCGCACAAGUGACUUCAAGUUCCUCACAUCUUACAACGACAACACACUGUCUGCGGACCAGACUCUGAGAAAAACUCCAAAUGACUUUUCUGAAGAUCAUGACGACUCCGAAGGGUCACCAGAGAACGCGUCACCUGGUACAGAGGUGGGCAUCAUUAACGUGCAGGAUAGAGACUCUGAGAAUAACCGACAGGUCCGCUGCUCCAUUCAGCAAAACCUUCCCUUUAAGCUGGUGCCAUCCAUCAAAAACUACUAUUCUCUGGUGACCACGGGCGAACUAGACCGUGAACUAGUGUCUGAUUACAACAUUACAAUCACUGCCACCGACGAGGGCUCUCCACCUCUAUCCUCCUCUAAAAGUGUUCAGUUAUCUGUAGCUGACGUCAACGACAACCCACCUGUGUUUGAGGAACAGUCCUAUAAAGCCCACGUGACUGAAAAUAACAAACCCGGUUCCUCCGUGUGUUCUGUUACUGCACGGGACCCAGACUGGAGACAGAACGGAACAGUGAUUUAUUCUAUCUUACCUGGUGAGGUGAACGGUGUCCCAGUGUCCUCGUUAUUAUCCGUUAACGGAGACACGGGGGUGAUCCACGCUGUGAGGUCGUUUGAUUACGAGCAGUUCAGGAGUUUUAAAGUCAACGUGGUGGCCAGAGACAACGGUUCUCCUCCGCUCAGCAGCAAUGUCACGGUCAGUGUGUUCAUAACAGAUGUUAAUGACAACUCUCCUCAGAUACUAUACCCCGCCCCGGAGGGGAACUCCUUCAUGACGGAGCUGGUCCCCAAAGCUGCGCACGGAGGCUCCCUGGUUUCCAAGGUGAUAGCUGUGGACGCGGACUCCGGCCAGAACGCCUGGCUGUCCUAUCAAAUAUUCAAAUCCACUGUUCAGGGACUUUUCACUAUUGGUCUCCACAGCGGAGAGAUCAGGACACAGCGGGACAUUUCUGAAUCUGACAGCAUGAAACAGAACCUCAUUGUGUCAGUGAAAGAUAACGGACAGCCCUCUCUCUCUGCCACCUGUACCAUCUAUUUAGUGAUUUCUGAUAACUUGGCUGAAGUGCCAGAACUGAAAGACGUCUCUUAUGAUGAGAGCAAUUCCAAACUCACCUCUUAUCUGAUCAUCGCGCUGGUGUCCGUCUCUACCUUUUUCCUCACCUUCAUUAUUGUCAUCCUGGCCGUGAGGUUUUGCCGCAGGAGAAAGCCCAGACUGUUGUUUAACGGAGCGGUCGCCAUCCCCAGUGCGUAUCUCCCUCCCAACUACGCAGAGGUGGAUGGCGCCGGAACUCUCCGCAGCACUUACAAUUAUGAGGCAUACCUGACGACGGGUUCGCGCACAAGUGACUUCAAGUUCCUCACAUCUUACAACGACAACACACUGUCUGCGGACCAGACUCUGAGAAAAACUCCAAAUGACUUUUCUGAAGAUCAUGACGACUCCGAAGGGUCACCAGAGGUAGGGCUUUAA